AAUACCUUUAAAAUUAACAAAUUAACCUCAGGAUGGCCAUCCUACUGCGCACACACUUACUUAACGAUAAUUAAAUAAUGAAUUCUUUUAAUGAUUUAUAGCAGAAGGGGUUUUUGACUGCCACACGUUCAGUCAGUUCCUAAAAAAACGAUGCCCAAAGCUAAGCUUGACGGUGAAACAUUUUUUCCACCGCUUCUGUCUAUAUAUACCCCUCACCCUGAGUCUUAUUUUGGACAUUGUUUCUCAGUAAACUCUUUCAUUACACCAUGACUGGCUGUUUUCACAGACUUCUCAGAUAACUGGGCAUGAUCAUAACAGCUGUAAUCAAAACGCCCUCUCGAGUGCAGAUACCCCAUUAUCACCUCAGACUCUUCUGUCAUCCUUGGGUUUAUAUUAUUUGAUCUGCACAGAUACUAUCUCCUGAAUGUGAAGUGAAAUUUAUUUUCUUCUGAGGAGCGGUGUUUAUUUGAGAACGCGCCAUGUGCAUGCUCAACACAACACAGCGUAACACGGGAUAUGCCUUUGGGAGCUGAGGUAUUAACACUUAUUUCUGAGGUUAAGAUGGGGUAGCUUUCCUGAGACGUGGGAGGGGCUUGAGGUUCUGCCUUAUCAUCCAAGCACAGCGAUUAAGAAUGGCCACCAGACGUGCACAUGCUGAGGAUGACCUUUCCUGUCCGAUUUGUGGACACAUUCUGAGUCAGCCAGUGGUACUGACAUGCAGACACAGAUUUUGUAAAGCCUGUCUAACAGACAGCUGGGACACACAAGGCAGUGGGGAGUCACACUUCUGUCCUCUGUGCUGGCGCCGUUCCUCCAUGGAUCAAAUAGUGGUGAGCUCUGUGCUGGCUAAGGCCUGUGAAUCCUUCAAGGAAGACAGGAGCAAGAAUGACCCGGACGCUUGUAAAGAACAUGGAGAAAAGCUUACACUCUUCUGUUUGGAGGACUUGGAGCCCAUCUGUGCUGUGUGUGGGAAGGCAGCCGCACACAUUGGGCACAGGCUCUAUCCCGUUGGGGAAGGUGCUCACGACUGUAAGGAGGAGCUGAAGAGUGCGCUGGUGCCUUUGAAGGAAAAGUUGCAGCUGUACAAGAAAGCAAAAAUGGUCUGUGAGGAAAUGGCAGAACAUGUCAAGAACCAAGCUGAACACACUGAAGCACAGAUCAAAGAGGAAUUUGAAGCUCUUCACCAUUUCCUGAAAGAGCAGGAGGCUGCCAGACUUUCUGCAUUAAAGGCUGAGGAGGAUCAGAAGAAUCUGACUAUAAACCAAAACAUUGAGGAGAUGAGCAAUGAAGUGACUUCUCUUUCUAACACCAUCAGACUAGUGGAGCAGGAGAUGCAAAGUCAAGAUAUCCCAUUUCUGAAGAAUUACAAGGAAACUAUAAGGAGAACCUGGAGACGUUCCCUUGAUCCCGAAGUGAUCUCCGGUGCUCUGAUUGAUGUGGCCAAGCACUUGGGCUCUCUGAAAUAUAAAGUGUGGGAGAAGAUGAAGAGUGUAAUAAAAUACAAUCCGGUGGUUCUGGAUCCCAACACAGCAGCCAGCUGCUUCAUCCUCUCUGAGAAUCUCACAGUAGUGCAGAACUCCAGCCAGAUUUUCAAGCUACCAGACAACCCAGAACGCUUUGACAUCAGCGCUGAGAUGCUGGGUGCAGAGGGCUAUUCCUCUGGACGCCAUAGCUGGGAUGUUGAGGUUAACGACAAUACCUACUGGGUGGUGGGAGUAGCCAGCGAGUCCAUCAACAGGAAGGGGAAGCAUGUGCUAACACCAGCAGAGGGAUUCUGGACUAUAAGAUUUCGUAAUGGCGAGCAUAAGGCCUGCACAGCGCCAUGGGAGCCGCUCAACAUGACCAAGAAGCCUGAAGUGAUACGAGUGCUUUUAGACAUGGACAGAGGGAAGGUGACCUUUUACGACCCCAGAGAGAGAACACCUCUCUACACCUUCAUAGGCAUCAUCACACCCAGAGCCUUUCCCUACUUUUGUACGGCUUGCAAAGAGCAUCCACUGAAAGUCCUGCCCACAAGGAUAUCCAUAUCAACGGACCAUUAAGUCACCUUAGAGACAAAUUUGUUUGAAAUGAAAGUUUUCUGAACAUUGCAAAGAUUUUAUCAGUUUUUCUUUUGCAAGCGAUGAUAAUGGGCUUGCACAGUCAAGUUACAGCAGGGCAUUGCCAUUAAAGCUAAGAAAAAGUCAACUCUAAUGUGUUUUUAAUAAAUGACAUGAGCCAAACACAUUUUAAAAUAUUUAAUCUGCGUUACAUCAAAACAAAAGUGAUCUGGGAGGUUUGGGAUUGUAAAUAUCUUCACAAUCCUGAAACGCCUAUACAUUAAUACACGGAUAAGAUUUGUUACAUAAA